GCGGCGAGACCGAGCCGGAGCCCGAGCCGCGGCCGAGCCCGGACCAGAGGCGAGCGCGGUGCGGCGCUGCGCGGGGGCCCUGCGGGCGGAGGAGCGGAGCCGGCGCGCGAUGGCCCUCGGAGCGGCGCGCUCCUCUGCUCCGCCGGGAGCGCCGUCUGCCGCCGGGGACGCCGAGAUGUCGGGACUGCAAACCUGCACUGUUUUGAGAGGGAAAUGACUUGAGUGGCCGUCUUUUAUCUCCACAACAAUGUCUGUGAACAAUUCCAAACAGCCAGUGUCUCCUGCAGCUGGGAUCCUUUCAAAUACAACUUGCCAGACGGAAAACCGGCUUUCAGUAUUUUUUUCAAUCAUCUUCAUGACAGUGGGAAUCUUAUCAAACAGCCUUGCCAUUGCUAUACUCAUGAAGGCAUAUCAGAGAUUUAGACAGAAGUCCAAGGCAUCGUUUCUGCUUUUGGCUAGUGCCCUGGUAAUCACAGACUUCUUUGGCCACCUCAUCAAUGGAGCUAUAGCAGUCUUUGUAUAUGCUUCUGAUAAAGACUGGAUCCGCUUUGACCAAUCAAACAUCCUUUGCAGUAUUUUUGGUAUCUGCAUGGUAUUCUCUGGUCUGUGCCCACUUUUUCUAGGCAGUGUGAUGGCCAUUGAACGAUGUAUUGGAGUCACCAAACCAAUAUUUCAUUCUACGAAAAUUACAUCCAAACAUGUGAAAAUGAUGUUGAGUAGCGUGUGCUUGUUUGCUGUUUUCAUAGCUUUGUUGCCUAUCCUUGGGCAUCGAGACUAUAAAAUCCAAGCGUCGAGGACCUGGUGUUUCUACAAAACAGAACACAUCAAAGACUGGGAAGAUAGGUUUUUUCUUUUACUUUUUUCUUUUCUGGGGCUCUUAGCCCUUGGUGUUUCACUCUUGUGCAAUGCCAUCACAGGAAUUACACUUUUAAGAGUUAAAUUUAAAAGUCAGCAGCACAGACAAGGCAGGUCUCAUCAUUUCGAAAUGGUCAUCCAACUCCUGGCUAUAAUGUGUGUCUCCUGCAUUUGCUGGAGUCCAUUUCUGGUGACAAUGGCCAACAUUGGAAUAAAUGGAAACCAGUCUCUGGAGACAUGCAAAACAAUACUUUUUGCUCUCCGAAUGGCAACGUGGAAUCAAAUCUUAGAUCCCUGGGUGUACAUUCUCCUACGGAAAGCUGUCCUUAAGAAUCUCUACAAGCUUGCCAGACGCUGUUGUGGAGUGCAUGUCAUCAGCUUACAUGUUUGGGAGCUUAGCUCUAUUAAAAAUUCCCUAAAGGUUGCUGCUAUUUCUGAGUCACCAGUUGAAGAGAAAAUAGAUCAGCAAGUACCUAGUUUAAUAGGACAGUAAGUCAGUGUAGGUCUAGGACAAAAUUAAGGAAUGUUUUGGCAAUAUUUCAGUUAAUUGGUUAAAUUAAACCCUAACUGGAAAAUAUAGACCUCAGCAGGUAGUUCGGGGGUACUUCUGUCAGAUUUGGCUUUUGAAAUUUGUUAAAUUAACUGUAUAAUUACACAUUUUCAAUGAUUUUUGUCAAGAGGAGGUAAACACAUUAAAAAUGCCAUGGGAGUCCAGUUGAAAACAAUUUUGGACUUAUCUGUGUUAUUCAUGCUUUUGAAAUUAGUGACUAUUGAAACCUAAAGCAUUUACUUGUCUUGUUUGCCAAAAGACAUUUUAAAACUACCUGCAAGUGAAAUGGCUUUUUGGGGGUCACUGCUCUGCAUUUGUUCCUCAUAGACAAGGCUCAACGAAAUGAAACACCCUCAUUGUUUGGUCUCGUCUGUUUUACACCACAUUAUUAUCCUCAGUCAAUAUGUACAUGUCAUGUCACAUGGGAUUCACUGUGGCUUUUUUUUAAUGACCUCUACAUAGAGCAGGUGUGGCUGUCAGGUUGCCUGAUCUCGUGAGCCUGUUUAGAAUGAGCCUAUUCUUGUCUUAUUUGGCAAAUAUGACUGUUUGUAUUUAUUAUUAGGAAAGUCAAUUGCUGUUUGAAGGUUUAUUUGGCAAAUCAUAGAUUUGCAGUUUUCAAAUGAUCCCCUUUUCUUCUGAAAAUUCUAGUGCACAGUAAAUACAUUUUAGAUAAACAAAAGUUUUAUCUCAGCGCAUUUAUAGACGAUUUGUAUCCUAACGCUUCCUAAGCAGCUUGGCCAUGGAUAGUGAGUCAAACAGAACUUAAACCCUGGGGAUGGGUGCAGAGAACAUUGGCAAAGUUGCUUUACCUUGAGCCGUCAUUUCUGUCAGAGAACAAAAGGAACACAAUCUUAUAAUAUUCAAAGACUGUCUGCAGCUAGUGUGUUCUUGCUUUCCACUUACACGCACACACACAGACAUCAGAAAUUUCUGUUGAAAGUGGGUUCAUUAAAUCUGUGAGAUGGCAUCUUCUAAAGCCCGUGUUACCUGUAUCAGGGAGGAUUGGCAGUUAGGCAUUUGGAAAUCAUUACAGUGGUUAACCAAGAGAUCAAGGGGUAAUAUUCUCUCCCCCAAUUUCUCAAUAAUACUUCAGAGUUUUUUCUUUGCUUCCUUGUAUAAUUCAACCCCAAGAAUUGUAGUACUCAUUCAAAAUGUCCCAAGUCCAUGCGAGCACAGGGUAGGUAGUUCUGCUUUAUAAUAGGGCAAUUCAUUCUGUGAGUUUUUUUGCCUUCAUUAACUGGGAUCUAUUUUAAAAUUAAUCUUUGUUAGACUGAUUUCACAUUCUCCAGGAAAUCUGUGCAGUUCAAGUAGUCCUAUGUUCACAAAAUUUGCUUUGAACUAACCCUAAUUUACAUAGAACAUCAUUGUUAACUUUUGUGAAUUUUGACGAAUUCUCAUGAAUACAUUAAAAGGAAUUAAACAAAUGACCCCAUUUAAAGGCAACCAUCUUUCUAGUGAAUUUAAAGAAGGGAAACAGACAUAAACACAAUGGCACAUGAUAUUCUUAAUUGAAGAGUAGUUAAUGAUUAAUCGAACAAAUUUAGAUUAUUCUCAUAUAGAAAGCACACACAGUAGAGGCUCCAUAAAUACUUGGAAAAUUGAGUCACAGACAAGAAUUUCUUGGUGCAAAAUAGGCAUGGCAUUAUAAAGGAAUUUUUGCAUUUUUAAUUUAAAAUGACAAUUACAUGUUGGCUAUGUUGAGAUACAUAUGUGAAAGCCAUUGUAAUUUGUGAUUGCUGUUAAAUUGCAUAAAUGUUCUCAUGACAUUGUUUCAAGAGCACUUUAAAUCCGUAAGAACUUUCAGAUGGUUUAGAGGGCGUAUUUAUUUCUCAGAACUACUUAAGAGAGUAUUGGUGCCCUGUGUACUGAGACACAAGGACCCACAGCUCCCUCUUUCCUUCUAACACUGGGUGGGAUGCUGCAGCGAACACAUCCAGGUAUUAGGAUCCAGGAGAAGCAUGGAAGAGAAGCUCUCAUUCAGAGUCCGGGAUUCUUUUCCUUGAAGCUUCUAAUAAAAUGACAGAAUCAUUGCUCUCAUGCCAUGAUGACGCCCUGGCCAUGUGUAUCGGAAAUAUUGUGGCACGACCAUGUGGGGGAAUGCAUGAUCAUGUACGUUUUGGGGAGUGACACGGGAGUUACUCUGUGCAUGUCCCGGAAGGAUUAUCUAUAGUAUAUGAGCAUAGGUUUAGGACAACUAAGUUGGUUUUUUGAUAGUGUUAAACCCAAAAAGUAGACACCAAAAAUUGAAAAAAAAAUGAGUAAAAUAAUAUAUGUUUACAUUGUUUUGGCUUUUCAUCCAAGAAAAAUAAACUGAACACAACAAUAUACAUAUCUGAUUUCAGAAUAUUAUUUGCUAUUAUAUAUAUAUAUAGUUUUUUCAGUGUAAUUUGGCAAUUCACUGUAUAGUGAAUUAUAGAGUGAAACAUCCACUAAUAACUUUUAUGUAAAUGUUCAAAGUAGAAGUGUAUUUGUUUAGGUUACUGGAAAUAAAUAGUACAAGUAGUGGUCAACAAGUUUACCAAUUUUGAAGUUUUAAGCUCUCUUUUAAAGCUCAUAAUAAGAUCAUCAGAGUAACUGAAUUUCCCUUCUCAUGGGGUAAAAUAGUAUCUAAGCAACUUCACAUACAAUUAAAUCAUAUUAUUUCUGGGGAAUUACAUUAUUCUGGGUAAAUGACUUGAAAGUACCAGGAUUUUUCUGAUGUCAGUGAAUUUAAAAAUGAGAUUAACAAAAAUCCCAACAGCACAUGACUAUGAAUACAAGACAGAUAAUGCUGACUCAUAAUUAGUUGUGGAUGCAUCCCCAAACGUCAGACUUUUUACUAGAGACUUAAUAGAAAUAUGCUCUUUAAAAUUUGUUUCUAAAGGCAGAAAGUUGCUUUUAAUUAUCUGUAUUGCUGAAGUGGAAAAUACCUAAAAGUUAACGUACAUUCACACAUUUAUAGAUACAUCUGCUUUACGUAGCAAAUAUCUUGUUUGCUCAUUUUCAGAGUUAAAAAGAAAACCUGCUAUUCAUUUUGUGUCUAAUCUGAGUUUAGAACCCAAAUAAGAGCAUUUGCUAAAUAUAUAGAAAUAACUUUUUGUGAAAUUUGUUGCUUGCUACACGUCUGUCACCAUCAUUACUCCAAUUUAACAAACUCUCAUGUCAGACUAUAACGGAUGGGAAUGUACAUUUUCUUACUGCUUCAUUUGGGUGUUGGAAUAUUUUACUACCUGAAAUAAUGUUGGAAUUCAACUUCUUACACAUUUUAACAGUAGAUGAAAUGUGUUAUGUGAAUAAAUGUAUUUUGUGCUCUUUGUACUUUUUGGAGUGUGUGAGACUAAAUAGUAAUAUGUAUAUUUUGUUGCUUGCAUCAGUAUGCAACUCAUGUAAUUUUAGUGCUUUGACUAGUUUAAAAUGUCAAACAAAAGAUUUUGUAAUAAACUUGGACUAGUGUUUA